UAUGAUUCAAAGUUGUUAAGAGAAAUACCUUGAGCGCCUCACAAUCUUGAAGCGCAGCUCAUCCACUGCAUUGCUCUCUGCUGGAACUCCUGCUGUGAUUUAAACUCACCGCAACGUAGUCGAUAUAAUGAGCAAAAUUUCCAAGUUUUUUAAAGGGAGCUCCAGCUCCUCAAAACACAGGACAGGUCCGUCUCCGCAGGAGGCGAUCCAUAGACUCCGAGAGACUGAGGCGAUGUUAACUAAAAAACAAGAAUAUCUGGAGAAAAAAAUCGAGCAAGAAAUUGCAACCGCCAAAAGGAACGGGAUCAAAAAUAAAAGAGCUGCACUCCAGGCCUUGAAGCGGAAGAAGCGUUUGGAGCAGCAGCUAACUCAGAUCGAUGGAACCCUCUCCACCAUUGAGUUCCAAAGAGAAGCACUGGAGAACGCCAACACCAACACAGAGGUGCUGAAGAACAUGGGCUUCGCAGCCAAGGCCAUCAAGGGCGUGCACCAGAACAUGGACCUGGAUAAGAUAGACGAUUUGAUGCAGGAUAUCACAGAACAGCAGGAUAUAGCGCAGGAGAUAAAUGACGCCAUCUCCCGGCCGUUUGGAGAUCAGUUCGACGAGGACGAGCUGCUGGCGGAGCUGGCGGAGCUCCAGCAGGAGGAUCUGGAGGAGAGCAUGAAGAACAUGGGCGGGCUGCCCAGCGUGCCGGCCGCAUCCCUGCCCACCCGGCCCAGCCACCGCUCACACUCCAGGAAGAAGGUGGAGGAUGAUCCGGACAUGUCAAGGCUUGCAUCUUGGGCCUCAUAAUUCUCACCAUCUUCAGUAUAUACACCAAUGCCACACUAUCUCGCACAACACCAGCGUUUAGGCUGUACGGCUACAAAAGAAAAUGGGUUUCCAUUUUCUUGAAUGAUUAUGAUUUAUUGUUAUUUUUUUAUCCUGGGCAUGCAGAGUAGUAACUUUUUUUUAUUAUUGUGUUUAUUUCUGUUAUGUGUAUAUAGUGUAAUAACCUGGAGCACAUCAACUCAUGCUUUGUAACAGAGCUAGCAUUUUUCAGGGUAAAAAAAAAUGAAAUUGAUAAAAAUGUGGUGCAGUGAUUUGAGCACCAUUGUCUAUUUUACCUGAAAGUAGAAGGUCUAGUGCUGUGCUGGAUGUUGCUGUUGUACUGUUGAAUAAGGUGCAAAUCUGCAAACUGCAUGUUUGUUCCACCCUCUCUCAGGAGAAAACUGAUUAGCUACAAGGUAACUUAUUUUGUUACCUUGUAUAAGGCUACUUUUUAAUAAAAUCAUGAUAAUGAAGAAGAAGACUUACCAUUGCACAUGUAAGUACAGAUAAAUGAAGAAAACUGCCUAGUAGCUUACAAAUGUUUUUCUUGUAAGGAUUUCUGUAAAUAUGGUACUGUUUAUAAUAAAUUCAUUAAAUCAAA